GGUCAUAACGUCAUAAUCUCAUGAGGCAACGUCACGCCGGCUAAUUGUUAGCUGUGCUUGGGCCUUGCCAUGCUUAUUACGCUAUAUUUCAUUCUAGACAUAAAGCUACACAAAUCCUAAAUGAAUCACUGUGUGGGCUGUUGUCCAUGGGAAUGGAUGACCCUGGACCAUCGAAACCCCUGAAAGGUAUUCUCAAGGGCACAUCCCGUCAGCAAGAGCCCACUGUGCACCAAAUGGACUGUCCGAUGAGCGCAUCUGCGGCUGGCCUACCUCAGACCAACCUGCAGAGCAGCAGUGGUACUGAUGUCGCUAAUGCACAGGGUCGACAGCUGAAAGGCAUCCUUCGAAAUAAUCUCAGUGACAGUGUGUCUGACUCGAACGGGAAGAAGCGUCGAGUUGUUAUCAAAAGGAGAAAAUGUAUCCACCCUGUAUGUGGUAGAAAGCAGCAAAGAUGGGAUGAAGGAAAUAUUCUUGCCACCAGCUGCCACUCAUGGCUGAAGACUGCUGCUGGCUGCAGAGACUCCAAAAGUGGACCACAUCUCUGCAGCAUAACCAUGUUGGAUGACGAAUUUGAAGAGGACAGGUGCCUGUGCAAAAGGAAGAAGUCUCAGAGUUGGGAUGAAAUAAGUAUCUUGGAGACGCAGCAUCCCAGCACGCAAGACACCUCCUCCACACAGCCCUGCCGCUGGGGCACAGGGAACAGGACUUGUGUUGCUGAUGGUGUUAAAGAGGACUGCAGGAGUAUUGAGUGCUUUCCUGAACCGCAGCCUAUGAGCCCUCAACCAGACCCAGAGCCUCAGGCCGAAGAGUCACUUGAGCACCCCAAGCCACUGGACCAGGUGCAAGUCAUGGACACCUCACCUGUAGGCAUGCAUCUCUCACUGGAGGCUGUCUCAAAGGCAGAGGGGCUGGAGGAGGACAGCACAGACAAAGUGAUAGGUCAUGACGAGAGCACACACUUUGAGGAGCUGAGGAAAGCAUACAUCAGGGAGAGCCGUCAGGUUCUGUUGGAUAAGGCCUUUCAGGCGAGAUGCAGCGAUGAGGAUGAAAAUGACGAAGAGGCGGAAAAUGGAACAUUUCCUGACCUCAGUCUGGCCUCAGCUGCCGACUCUGCUGAUGCUGCACACACUGAUGGCAGUGAAUGGAGUGGCCAGACAAGCUAACAAAUCCAGACAGAAACAGGGACUGAAAAGCAAUGAUCUCUCCAGAUAACAGUUCAUUCUAUGAUGCCUCAAAAGAUAUGUAAACUAAAAAUGGAGGAUUAUUCUGUGACAACUUUUCAACUUUCUCCACUUUCAACUUCAUCAGAAAAGCAACCUCUCAAUGGACUUUGAGUAGAUAUAAACAAUGAUCACAAUA